AUGACUAUUGAUAAGAGUUGGAUUACGUUGCAAAAUCGAAGGUGUCCAGAGUUCAUAAAAGGGCCUAACAACUUCAUAGAGAUCGCCAAGAACCAUGUCGGUGAUGAAGGCAAAACAUGUUGCCCGUGUAUAGAUUGUGUGAACAUGUUUCGACAUAUUGUGACUACGGUUUAUGCCCACAUACAUGACCGUGGAUUUGAAGAAUCAUAUCUGAUAUGGAUUCAUCAUGGUGAGGAAUAUCCUCCUUCGGAUUUAGACAACCUUUGGGCUUCAAAGUAUCGUAGUACUAGAGUUGUGGUAGAGGAAAAUCCACAUGAAGAGAUGUUUGAUGUAAUAGAUGAUGUUAUGGCAGAGGAAGAUCCACAUAUAGAAAAUAUAAGCCAAGAAGCAACUGGUUUAGACCCAGAGUUUGAUGCAUUGUUUGAAGAAGCCAAUACUGAGUUAUACCUUGGGUGCAGUUGGAUGUCUUCCUUAAACUUCCUAGCAAAACUGAUGCACAUUAAAGUUAUCAACAGGUGGACAUACAGUUCAUUUGACCAACUUUUAGAGUUUUUAAGAGUUGCAUUCCCGAAAGAAAAUAAGAUUCCAACUUCACACUAUGAAGCUAAAAAGAAGUUGAGAAAGAUUGGGUUGGGAUAUCAAUCUAUCCAUGCUUGCGUUAAUGAUUGUGCUUUGUUUUGGAAAGAGAACGAGUCAAUGCAAAAUUGUCCUGUUUGUAAGGAGAGUAGGUGGGUUGACAAAAACACAAAGGGGAAGAAAGUGCCACAAAAAGUGUUAUGUUAUUUUCCUUUGACUGCCCAGCUUAGUCGAAGGUAUAGUUCAAGAUUCACAGCAAAAGAUAUGAUUUCGCAUAACAUUGGGCGUUCAAAUGAUGGUAAGAUGUAUCAUCCGGUUGAUGGGAAAGCAUGGCAGGAAUUUGAUAAGCGAUAUCCCGAGUUUGCCAAAGAACCUAGGAAUGUCCGAUUGGGUUUGGCCGUCGAUGGCUUUAAUCCAUUUAGCAACAUGAAUCAGCCUUAUAGUAUGUGGCCGGUAGUAUUGACAACAUACAAUACACCACCAUGGUUGUGUAUGAAAGAAUCUUCUUUCAUGUUGACUUUGCUAAUUCCUGGUCCUAAAUCACCUGUGAAGGACAUUGAUGUUUUCCUAAGGCCUUUGGUGGACGAGUUGAAAAUGUUAUGGAGGGAUGGAGUCCAAAUAAGAGAUGCAUCAACCAACACUGUAUUCACAAUGCAUGCAGCACUAUUGUGGACUAUCAAUGAUUACCCUGCCGGUAGCAGUUUGUCUGGAUGGAGUGGUCAAGAUGUUAUGCAUGUGGUGAAAAAUGUUGGUGAGAGCUUGUUAGGUACUUCAUUAAACAAUGAAAAAUCAAAAGAUACGUACAAAGCAAGAGAAGAUUUGGAAAAAUGGGGCAUUCGAGAGAAUCUAUGGUUGCAAAAGAAAAACAACAAGAAUUAUCCACCACAUCCAGAUUACUCUUUCAAACCAGUCGAUCGAGAACGUUUUUGUCAGUUCAUUAAAGGUGUAAGACUACCCGACGGUUUUGGAUCAAACUUCAAGAAUAAGGUACGUUCUAAUGAUUCAAAUAUAACUGGGUUAAAGUCUCAUGAUUAUCACAUCCUCAUGCAACGAUUGCUACCAAUAGGGGUCCGAGGUUGUUUUCCCGCUAAUGUGUCAAAGACAAUCAUUGACCUUUGCACAUUCUUUAAAAAAAAUUGUGCACGAUCAUUAGAUGUGAAAGACAUGUAUAAAGCACAUAGUGAAGUGAUAAAGAUAUUAUGCAAUCUAGAGUUGAUAUAUCCACCAACAUUUUUCGACAUAAUGGUUCAUCUAGUUCUACAUUUACCAGAAGAAGUUAUUCUUGGAGGGCCUGUAUAUAUGAGAUGGAUGUAUCCUUUUGAAAGAUACAUGAAAAAGCUAAAAUCCUAUGUCAGAAACAAAGCCAAACCUGAAGGUUCAAUAGCGGAAGGUUAUGUUGCAGAUGAAGCAUUGACAUUUUGUUCCAUGUAUCUUGAUGGUUUAUUGUCUACAAAAAAAUUAUCCCCAGACUGUACCAACGAAUUAAAAGCUUUGACACAUGGUCCGUUGAAUGCAUAUUCUUACACUGGUUGCAUAGUCAACGGUGUUAAAUUUGUUGUACAUAGUCGUGAUCUCCGACGUACUACUCAAAAUAGUGGUAUUGUUUCAUUUGGAGAAGAUGGUACACCAUUUUAUGGUCAACUGGAGGAUAUCAUACAAUUGAACUAUUUAAGUGAUUAUUCAGUUGUUCUAUUUUGUGGUAAAUGGUUCAACACAAUGGGGAGGGGACGAUUAGUUAAUAAAAAUGGUAUCAUCUCUAUCGACAUCAUUCGUGAAUGGUAUGUUGGUAAUUCAUGGUAUGAUGGCCAACAAUACAUUUUAGCCACACAAGCAAAACAAGUGUUUUAUCUUAAAGAUCCUUCACGAAACGCCAAUAGUUGGAGGGUUGUAGAAGACGUUCACCAUAGAAAAUUGUGGGAUCAUCCAAGUAUGGAUGUAGAUGUCUUGCAUGACAAUCAAUCAUUUGAUUAUAACUUGGAUGUUGACAUAGGUGAUGUUGGCGACUCAAGUGUGGUUAUUGAGAGAUGUGAUGCCCCUAUUGUGGACGAUCAACCUUUCAUUGUAACUUGGUUGCCGAUUUAG